CGCGAGCCCACCAGUGAGUGGCGCACACAAUGCUCCUUCAACGCAGACGACGCGUUUGAGCGCUUGGUAACGUACGCCAGCGCUCCCCCAGGUAUGACGCGGGAGUCUCUGGGGAGGGUAUGCACGGAUGCUGGCGCGCCGUACGAGGGGACACCUUUGUCUCUAUCGGCAGCGCACGGGAUGGGGCCUAUGUCUUCAUCCUACCAGUGUCUCCGCUGCUAUCCCUUUGGCCGCAGAUGGCCGGGUUAACGGAAUACCCAGGAAUUGAGGAGGCGCCGUAGGACGGGUCGCGGUGUAGCAGGCGCGACGAGGCUGGCGAGAGCUGGCUAUCGGCGCUUCGCUCCCUUCACGGGGCCCGCGACCUCUGCCUUGGCAGGCCGAUCUUCCCGAGCACGACGAACGAUGUCGAACGGGCAGGAUGCCCAGUGGUCAAGGAUGACCUUUCGCGCGCAUACGAAUGCAUGGCUGCAUCGUCAUGAGGACCUGGAAAUGGCCUCGAGGACCCGGAGUGGUCCAGGGGAAUGGAAUCACCCCAGGGAUAUGGAAAACAUCCCUCGCGUCGUGGAACGAGACGCUUUCUGCUUCUGCUUCACUCCUGCUCUCCCGGAACGAUCCGACAUUCGUGAAGACGACAGAUACUCCCCGCCGCCACUCCACUCCACCUCCCUACCACCUCGUUACACACAUUCCUCCCGCCUCCUCGCGACUCGACAGUGGCACGCAUGGCCAUCGGGCAUGCAGCUCCUCCUUGCCCGGCGCGCACGCGUCCGAGCCUUGGUCAAGGCUCACCCGACGUGGUUUGUCCACGUCGGGGACAAAGGUAUGUGCGGGUCCCGUCCGCCACUCGAGGGAAUGGCCUUUGUGCUAUCCUUCUCGCCGGCAUCUGACGGGGCCUCUGCCACAUACCCUAACGGUGCAUCUGAUUCGGAUGCAUGGGCAAGGGUACCGCAGAUCGGUAUUCACCCUGAGAGGGUUAGUCGGGGCGGCCGCGGGAAGGGUCUCGCUGCGUCGCGGGGUGCGACGAGGCCAGCGCAAGCUGGCUAUCGGCACCCCGCCUCUCGCUGGGUGCAGGCUUUCAAUGCCUGUGCCCAGCGGGACACGAGGCCCCCAGACCGCGGCGCGCCCUCGGAGCGCCACGGACACCAUCGGUUGUCCACGACUGAUUCGGUCAUCUACGAGUGCGCGCAUGUAUACCACGGAGGCACCCGUCGUUGGCGGGACGGCGUCGCGGUCAGGCCGCGGCGCCUAGGGCACGAUCCGGCCCUCGCGCGUUGCGCAUGGGAGAAGACCCUCGCUGAGGGUGAUGCCUCGUUCGCUGAACGGGAAGAUACGGUGGCGGGGGCAGCGGUGGAGGACCGCUGGCCGAGCAGGCAACAUAUCAUCCUCUUCGCUUCUGGCCUUCGGGCUGGGAGCAGCGGCUCCACGCUUGCUUCGCCGGGCGUGGAUGUCGGCGGCGUCGGGCGCGAGCUCGACGCCGCCGUAUCCGCAUAAUUUUUUUCUUCCCUUUCUCUUAACCUUCUGGUUGAAUUUAGUUGCAGUACUGUAGAUAAGUAUGUAGUCGUAGCAGGGCUAGCGGUAGGAAGGUAAUAAUAUGUGCUGUGAAGUGGAACUGCUGCCUACUGCUGCUCUGUCAUAGCUUCUGUUAAAUUGAGCUCGAACAAGGCCUUCGAUUUAUUGUCACC